AUGCUGAUCACCAAGACCUAUCACGAUGUACCGUCCAAGCUGGACGCUAACGGACGACCCAUUCGUAUCUAUGUGAUUGCCCCGAAUGUUCCAGAGUACCCGCAUGCGAAGUUCCCGGGUGUCGUCGUUUUCAGCGAGAUCUACCAGGUGACAGGCCCAGUCGAGCGCUUUGCCGGCCAGAUCGCCAGCCACGGAUACGUUGUUGCAUGCCCUUCUAGCUUUCACGAGUUUGAAGGCCCCGAGGCCAUCCCGUAUGAUACAGAAGGUACUGACCGUGGCAAUAAGUACAAGAUCGAGAAGGAAGUUACAGCCUACGAUGAGGAUUCGACUCUGUCCGUGAACCUUCUUACUUCUCUCCCAAACUGCACCGGUCGGAUAGCAGCGACGGGAAUGUGCCUGGGAGGACAUCUGGCAUUCCGUGCUGCAUUUGACCCUCGCGUCCUUUCAGCCGUUUGCUUCUUCGCUACGGACAUUCACAGUGCGACUCUCGGCAAAGGAAAGAGCGACGACUCGCUGGUCCGUGUGCGCGCAGGCGCGCUCACGAAUAAGGCGGAGAUGGUCAUGAUCUUCGGCAAGCAAGACACCCAUGUGCCGCGUGCGGGCCGUGACCUUAUACGCAAGGAAUUGGAAGAUGCCAAUGUUACCUGUUCGUUCCUGGAAGUGCAGGCGCAGCACGCCUUCAUCCGCGACGAGAGUUCAAAGGGCAGAUGGGACGCAGCACUGACGCGCAACCUCUUCAGCUUCAUGCUCGAAGUUUUCGAGCGCACUGUAGGACGCGAUAUGGGCCCGCGGGUUGUAAACGGGAAGGAACUCGAACACGUUUGUUGA